GUGUCCUCCAGGAGGCCUUGGAUGCUCUGAUCCCACGGACAUCCAUCUUGUCUCCCUCAGUCACACGGAGCACUGCCCACAGACCUCACUGUCUGGGGAUGAUUCCUGCCUUGUGUCUUGAGCAGCUCAGAGUAUCCAUCAGACAAUGCCUGGUCCGCACCUGCAUCCAGUCGCUGCUGUUCCUGGGGCUGGUGGCCGCCGUCGGGCUGGGCCUGAACCUCGUCUUCCUCGCGGCUUACCUGGUGUGUGUGUGCUGCUCCCUGCAGAGCAGUGCGGUGCAGACCAAGCAUCGCCACCCCUGCUGCAUCACCUGGACGGCCGUGGCGGCUGGGCUCGUCUGCUGUGCUGCGGUGGGCGUUGGUUUCUAUGGAAACAGCGAGGCCAACGACGGGGUGUACCAGCUGAUCUACUCCCUGGACAAUGCCAACCACACCUUCUCUGGGAUCGAUGUGCUGGUGUCUGGAACCACCCAGAAGAUGAAGGUCGACCUCGAGCAGCACCUGGCCCGGCUCAGUGAGAUCUUUGCCACCCGGGGCGAUUACCUCCAGACGCUGAAGUUCAUGCAGCAGAUGGCGGGCAACAUCAUCGUGCAGUUGGCAGGGGUGCCCGUGUGGACAGAGGUCACCGAGGAGCUGACCGAACUGGUCAACCAGACUGGCUAUGUGGAGUACUACCGGUGGCUCUCCUACCUCCUGCUCUUCGUCCUGGACCUGGUCCUUUGCCUCCUCGCCUGCCUGGGACUGGCCAAGAGCUCCAGGUGCCUCCUGGCCUCGGUGCUGUGCUGUGGGGUGGUGGCCCUGCUUCUCAGCUGGACGUCCCUGGCUGCUGACACUGCUGCGGCGGUGGGCACCGGCGACUUCUGCGCGGCUCCCGACGCCUUCAUCCUCAACAUCACGGAGGGCCAGCUCCGCACAGAGGUGACCCGUUACUACCUGUAUUGCAGUCAGAGUGCAAGCAGCCCCUUCCAGCAGGCACUGACCAUCUUCCAGCGCUCGCUGACCACCAUGCACAUCCAGGUGACGGGACUGCUGCAGUUUGCUGUCCCGCUUUUCCCCACAGCAGAGAAAGAUCUGCUCAGAAUCCAGCUCCUGUUGAAUUCAUCUGAGUCCAGCCUCCACCAGCUGAUGGCCAUGUUGGAUUGCCGGGGGCUGCACAAGGACUACCUGGACGCCCUCACUGGCAUCUGCUACGACGGCCUCGAGGGCCUGCUGUACCUCGGCCUCUUCUCCCUCCUGGCUGCCCUCGCCUUCUCCACCAUGAUCUGCAUGGGGCCAGGGGCCUGGAAGCACUUUGCCACCAGGGACAGAGACUACGACGACAUCGAUGAUGACCCCUUCAACCCCCAGGCCCGGCGCAUCGCUGCCCACAACCCCCCUCGCGGGCAGCUUCGCAGCUUCUGCAGCUACAGCAGCGGCCUGGGCAGCCAGACCAGCCUGCAGCCCCCGGCCCAGACUAUCUCCAAUGCCCCCGUCUCGGAGUACAUGAACCAAGCUCUGCUCUUCGGUGGGAACCCACGCUACGAGAAUGUGCCGCUCAUUGGAAGAGGCUCCCCUCCGCCCACGGCACCGUAUCCUGGGCCCGAUGGACAAAAAUGACCCAGGCACUUGUUUAAAAAUACCAGUCCAGGGACUUCGCUGAAGACGUAGCCCGGGUGAACCUCGUCGUCAAGCAAGUUUGGAAAAUACUGCUUCAAGGAGGAGGGUCUCACUCUUGAACAUCCAUCACCUGGGGGACUCAUUACAGCACAGGCCGCUGGGCCCACCCUGCUUCAGAUUCAGAGUAUCUGGGGUGGGGCUCGGGGAUUUGCAUUUCUAACCUGUUCCCAGGUAAAGCCUGAAGGCUGCUCGGGGACAGGCUUCCUCACUCGGCGUACCAACACUUUGAGCCAGAGCGUUGGUGUCACGGGAGCCGUCCUGUGCACUGUCAGAGGUUUAGCUGCAUCCCUGGCCUCCACCCACGCGAUGCCAGUAGCAUCCCCACUCCAUAGCCCCCAGCCAUGACAGCUGAAAACGCCUCCAGACAUUACCAGAUGUCCCUGGGCAGGGGCAAAAUUGCCCCUGGUUGAGACCCACUGGGUUAAGGGGUCUCAGGCCCCUACUCCCUGCCCCCCAGCAGGAAGCCUUCGUCCAUCUCUGGUGUGAACGGCCUAGACCUGGACCCCGGAAACAUCCCUGGCGCUAGGAGACAGUCAGGGUCCUGUGGACCACUGCUACUUGGAGUUAGCUGCCCAGCAGCACCUGGAGCUUGUUAGAAAUGCAGAAUCUCAGGUCCUACGUGUGAUGUGAGAUGUGCUAACCUAAGAAGCCGCAUCUCUACUUCCGAGCAGAGGCCGGCUAACAUCUGUGGAGGAAUGCUUAAACUUUGUGUUUCUCCAACUUGGCCGCACUAGGAAGAACUUACAGAAAAAUAUUCGUGGCAUUUUAUUUUAUUUUUUUCUGUAAGAUAAUUAUAGUCUUAUUUUUCUCACAUGAAAAGGAGAAAACAACUUAUCUCUCCUGUCCUAACCCUUAAUGAGCAAUUUGCCAGCGAAUUUAAAUGAAUUUAUCUUGUGAUAUAAUCACCAUGACGAUCUUAGAUCAUUCCAGUAGUUGUCAAGCUUGUUUUACGAACUAGGACACUGAGUCUAAGAGGAUUAAUGUGAAUUGCUAAGAGCUACACAGCCAGUAAUAAUGAUGAUAAUAAGCAAUAAUAGUGAGAACAUUUAUUGAGCACCUGCUAUUAAGCUGAUUCAGACAUAGUCACUUUUGUGGUUUUUUUUGCGGUACGCGGGCCUCUCACUGCCGUGGCCUCUCCCGUUGCGGAGCACAGGCUCCGGACGCGCAGGCUCAGCGGCCAUGGCUCACGGGCCCAGCCGCUCCGCGGCAUGCGGGAUCCUCCCGGACCGGGGCACGAACCCGCGUCCCCUGCAUCGGCAGGCGGACUCUCAACCACUGCGCCACCAGGGAAGCCCCAAGUCACUUUUAUCUAGUAGCAGAUACUGAGCUGCUUGACUUGCUCUCCACCUCCUCGCUUUCCUUAGGCAGGGUCCCAGGACCCAGGAGAUAUGUACCCAGCUGCAUGCAGGUGUAGCCCACAGCGUGACUCUCCCAGCUUUAUGGAGGGAUUUGCUUUUGCACUACUCGAUGCCAGUUGGUCAGGGAGGAGCCUCGUGGGUCACCGGCCAGUGCUGCUGGUGGUACUUUAAAAGGCUUAACUUUAUGUUAUGUGUGUUUUAUCACAUAAAAAACAAUACUGGUGGGUGUGGCCUAGGUUUCAGGCUGCUUUUAGACCCACCCCUGUGCCCCCGCAGUGUCUCAGAUACACAGCCACGUUUGAGAACCCCCGUGUCAGGGGUCUUGCCUGCUUUAUAUCACUCCAUCCUUUCAGCUGAAGAGCUGAGUGUUCUUAGGGCCAUCGUGCAGGUGGGGAAACGGAGGCUUGGAGCAACUGGAGAGCCUCCGCCGAGGUCAGGGAUGAGUAAGGUGCACAGCUGGGAUUUGAGCCUGGCUGUCUGAGUCAGUGGGCUUGUGCCCCCGGCCUGCUCACUAGGCGGGCUUCUAGGCACACUGCCGCAUUAGGGUGGCUGGUCAGUGUGUGCAUCUUGAGUUCGAGGCUGGGACCCAGACGUCCUGAUGGCCCCAGGGUUGGAAGCAUCAGCAAACACGAAGCCUGCCCAGGCCACUCGAUGAUCCUCUGAUAAUCGCCACGAGGCCUUGACAUUGAGACUUGGUGCCCGGCCACUGUGGCUGGCCCAGCUCGCGCUUCCUCAGAAGUUCCAGCAUUUUUGCUAGUACGGUGUCUGGUUUAACGGGUGAUGUGUGACCCUGUUCUGACUGUCCCCUCCCCUCUCUCCCACAGUACUCUCCCAGCAUGAGGGCCACCUACCUGUCCGUGGCAGAUGAACACCUGAGGCACUAUGGGAAUGAGUUUCCAGCCUAACACGCUUUCGGGAGUUCCUGCCUCCUUGAUCCAUUUUGGUUUUUAACUAAGGCAAAUGCAAGCGUGUUUCUUUCAUAGAAACCAAAGGCAUCUAGAGACUGUGCGUGGACCUGCAGGAUUGGAAGGCUCCUGCUGGCGCAAGGGAGUGGCUGAGAUUCAGGGAGGAUCGGCCUGGGGUUGGCUGAGAUUCCCAGGCAGACAGAAGACCCAUGACUCGGACCAGCCUCUCCCUCCUUUGACCUCCUCUCCACACCGGAAAUGCCCUCCAGGGGCUUGGCCGUCCCUAAGCUGGGAGAGCCUGGUUCAGUUUGCGCCUGCGCCCCACCCUCACCAGGUGGUGAAUGACAGUGAGGAGGACCGGGUCAGGCUUGAGGGUCCUCUUGCCUGGACUGUGCCUCCUCCUGGCUGCUCGGAUGGGUGCCAUUUCCCCACAGGUAAAGGUGGAAGGGCGGAUCAGGAGAUGACAUCCCUGAUGAGACCAGACACUGUCCAAAUCCGUCUCCCGGGGCCAGGUGGACUCUUCCUGUGCCACCAGGGGAAGGCACUGGCAGGCUCUGCAUAGGAGGCUGGGGGACCAGAGCCUCGUGCCUGGUGGGCUUCCAGGUGGCAGGGGUGGGCCUGUCUUUCUGCAACCCUCUGUCGCCUCACCUCCAUUCCAGAAUCGCUGCUGUGAGUUUGCUCACCGCGGAUAGGGACAGUCUCAGGUAUUCACAGACACUUGGAAAGCAGUUCUCUUUUUUGCCAGUGUUUUAAAGAGUUUUGAUUAUCCAAAGAAUUGAAACUCACAGCACAGCCGGUUUUUACUAUAGAUGUGGGGUUCAUCCCUCCCACCUGAUUUGUCUACCAAAAUAAAGAUCAGUGAGACAUCCUGUCCCAAGAUGCUGAUUGAUGGGGUUGUGGGUUCAUCCCACCCCGAGGGAGGCAUUUUGAGAGAACAAAGUCUCUAAGAGGCAAGUCUGAACAGGAACAGAGUCUGGUCCAGGAGACUGGCUCAAUGCCCAGGUCAGCUCUCCCUGCCCCCACCCCCCCACCCCCCUCUUUUGUCUUCAGGAAAGUUUGUCAUAAAAGGUUUUAGCAGAAUGGGCUGACUGUGUCCUGAUGUGAAGAUAGGUGUCUUCCCUACCUCUCCCACCAUCCCGUCCCCACCCCAUUGUCCCCCAGCCCCUGACCUACACCUGCUGGGUGAGAAGGAGCUUGUGGACCAGGAGAAAAUAAUGACCCACCAUCCUUCCCGCUGAGGAUCCAGGGUUAGGGUCUUUGGUGCUUCCAACCUCCUGCCGCUGAAGAGUGCGCGGCCCGGGAGCCUCCGCAGCCUGGCACACCGCAGCAGGGGCGCAGGGCAGUGUGGCUGUGGACAGGGGCUCCAUUUCCAUUUUGGAAGCACCACCUCCUGGUCAGAACACUGUCAGCAGAGUGGUUCUCAGCCCCCAGCCAAGCCCCCACGACAGCAGGACCACGGGGCCUCUGGGACUCUGUCUCCCCCAUUCACCUGUACAUACGUGCACCGUGAAGCCACCUUCGUGAGGCCCGUCACGUGCAGACAGGACUUGGCGACAUCAAGGUGGCGCUUCUUAACACUCGUUGGCGACUAGUUGUUUUUAAUGCAUGUAAACUAAACUAGAAUCCCUUGGGUGGUUCCUGAAGGGGCCGUGUGGGCACACCUCUGCUUGAUACACGUGUGCCCUCACCUGGGGGAGAAAUAAACCACUGGUACUAAAAUGCA